ACGCGUCAUGAUUCUGACCACCAUCCAAACGUCAUCCACUUCGAGACAUUACAAAUUUGCAAAAGCUGAAUCGCAAGCACCGAUGCCUCUCGGAGCUUGUGAGGGGGACACGGUCCGUCGCCGAUGCCGUGGUAUUUUCCUUCUGCCACAGGUUUGCUAGGGUGGGAUCCGAUCGGAUUGUUUGCACAAGGCCAGCUGAAAGCUCCGAAUUGGCCAGUGCAGUCACGUCGAUUACCGGGCAAUCUCCCGAUAUUGCUUUUCACGACGGGUUCGUGCCUCUUCAUUUGCCGUAAGAGAAGGAAAAUGAAGCUGUCACGAGGGGAGCCUAGCGAGUAUGGUAGCAAUCGACGGCGUAAACCGCGUCCAGCAGCUGGUGGUUUGGCUCGUGACACGCCUGCCACGGCGCUUCAUGAAUGUCAGCAUGUGUAGGGUAUUGGCAAUCAGUCUCCUAACACCGUUAUGAUGACCCA